AUGUCUGUUGAAUUUGAGAUCAAGGUUCCCAGUGAACCCCAGCUUUCCAUCGUGGGGCAGCAUGCGGUACUAGACUGCAGUUUUCCUGUGGGAAAGGUCUGGGACCUGGCCCGCAGUGUGAUCACAUGGCAGAGAGGGCUGGACGUGAUCCACAGCUUCUACUACAGUCAGGACCAACUAGACAGACAGAGCAGACAUUAUGCCAACAGAACAAGCCUGAACCACUCAGAGAUGAAGAUGGGUAAUGCCUCUCUCAUGCUGGACCAUACCAACCUGGGGGACAAAGGGGACUAUACCUGCUCUGUGAGCACAGUGCUGGGCAGUCAGAAGAAGACCUUUCCCCUGAAAUUAGCAGCAUACUACCCAGAGCCACACCUGGACUUCACAGCAUCUCCAAGCAAUGUGGAGCUAGUCUUGACCUCACAGGGAGGGUACCCCCGACCCUUGGUGCAGUGGCUAGAUGACAGGGGUCAUGAUGUCACUGAUAAAACAGUCAUACAUCUUUUAGAGGACACACAUGGACUAUACUCUGUCUUCAGUACACUGACCCUACAGGGACCUGUCAACAAGACCUUCACUUUCAUCCUUAAGAACAAGGACCUGAGACAGGAGAUCAGAAGAGCGAUCACACUUCAGAGGAAAUGAGAGGUCACUGGAAAAAAGCAGAAUUUCUGAAGACAACAGAAAAAGAUGGACAAUUCUUGUUCCUAUAGUGACAUUUGUACCGCUGUUUGUACUAUUAAUAUCUGCACUGAGAAAAACA